CGGUCAGGUCAUGCGGGCUGAAUCAUGUGAGCAGGGCUGGGCCGGACCCGGGAAGAGGCCUUCUGUAUUCCGGCGGUAAUAGCGAUGGGCUCGGUGAUGCUAAGCGAGUUGGCCUUCGCCUUGGCCUUGACCCUGGCCCUGCCCUCCGUGGCGCUGGACAACGGGCUGGCGCUCACCCCCCCCAUGGGCUGGCUGGCCUGGGAGAGGUUCCGCUGCAACGUGAACUGCCAGCAGGACCCCCACAACUGCAUCAGCGAGAAGCUCUUCUUCGAGAUGGCAGACCGCCUGGCAGAGGAUGGCUGGAGGGAGCUGGGCUACCAGUACAUCAACAUUGACGACUGUUGGUCUGCCAAGCAUCGGGAUGCGUCGGGACGGCUGCUUUCUGACCCUGAGAGGUUUCCCAGCGGGAUUAAGGCUCUGGCUGACUAUGUUCAUGCCCGGGGCCUGAAGCUGGGCAUUUAUGGCGACCUGGGCACCCUCACCUGUGGGGGAUACCCAGGCACCACGUUGGACCGUGUGAAGCUGGACGCCCAGACCUUUGCUGAAUGGGGUGUGGACAUGCUGAAACUGGAUGGGUGUUACUCGUCAGCAGAGGAGCAGGCAGAGGGCUACCCAGAAAUGGCGAAGGCCUUGAAUGCUACAGGCCGCCCCAUUGUCUACUCGUGCAGCUGGCCAGCAUAUCAGGGGGGCCUCCCGCCCAAGGUGAACUACACCAUCCUGGCAGAGAUCUGCAACCUCUGGCGUAACUACGAUGACAUUGAGGACUCCUGGGACAGUGUACUUUCCAUCCUGGACUGGUUCUUUGCAAACCAGGACGUGCUGCAGCCAGUAGCUGGACCUGGCCACUGGAACGACCCAGACAUGCUGAUCAUUGGAAACUUUGGCCUCAGCUAUGAGCAGUCUCGCUCCCAGAUGGCAUUGUGGACAGUGAUGGCAGCCCCACUUCUCAUGUCCACCGAUCUCCGCACCAUCUCCCCGGGUGCCAAGGAGAUCCUGCAGAACCGCCUGAUGAUCCGGAUCAACCAGGACCCUCUGGGAAUCCAAGGGCGCAGGAUUGUCAAGGAGAAAUCACACAUUGAGGUGUUCCUGCGCCCACUGUCGCAGGCCGCCAGCGCCCUCGUCUUCUUCAGCCGGAGGACAGACAUGCCUUUCUUCUACACCACCAGCCUGGCCAAGCUCCAGUUCCCCGAGGAUGCCACGUAUGAGGUACAAGAUGUGUACAGUGGGAAGAUCAUCAGUGGCUUAAAGACAGGAGACAAUUUCACGGUCGUUAUUAACCCCUCAGGGGUGGUGAUGUGGUAUCUCUACCCCACAGCACAUCCAGAGAGGCCCUGGCAUGUUGCUGGACAUCAGGCCGCAAGCAAGGAUUUCCACACAGUCCUCCUGUGAGAGGGACGUGGCUCAGUGUCUGGGUGAGCACCAAACCCUGUGGCACACUGCUCUUCACAAGUGCCUUUCACUGGUGUUCCAGCAGCACUGGCAAGUGACCAUUUCCUCUGGUACUGGCUUGUUGAUGUCUACUCGGUCUGUUUACAACAGGAAUUUGUGUUACCCAACUCCUAAGGGGGUAGAGAGUACACUUACUUGGUGAUUGUAAAGCCCUUUGUGAUUGUCCCAUGCCCUGUUCUUGCUCUAGCAGGAGGAAUACUCAAGGUUUCUCAGGGAAUGGUUCCUACUCAAGAACAGCUACAUCCACAGCUCCAUCAAGAUGAGGAGCCUGCACUAAUAAACUGGAGUGGCAGGACAGACUAACCCACUCAACUACUUCACCUUCAUACAGCACACAUCUUGUGGAGGAGUUUUAGGAAAGACAGGGCCUGUUCAUAUUGCCCCAGAGGGGUGCAGCAUUGAUGAAAAUGGUCUCUUAAGACUGCAGCCCGGACUGGAAAAUGACAUUUUAGGUAGGAAAAAAAUAAGAGGCAGUUUUCCCUUUCUAUUCAGCUGCUGAAGGGCUCCCCUCUGGUUUCUGCAGUACCAAAUGGCUGAUUCCUCUGAGUGCAGCAGCAAGAUACUGAACAUAGUGCUUGCAGUGCUAACAAGAGGACAAGUGCACUUCAUGUUUGUAUGCAGGAGCUGGCUUCACCCUUGGGAAGAUUGGUACAAAUUAACUGAAAUAAAGGGGAAGCAGACCACA